AUGUAUGUGAAAUGGUUUGAUACAGUAAUGAUUUACUAUAAGAUUUUAGUGAAUUUAGUGAAUGUCCCUUUUUGUCAUUUUCAAAUUUCCUGCCGUUCUGUCCCCGUACGUCCCGACGUCGCAGGGAACGGAACCCGGAAGACAGAUGCCGGCAUCCGCCGGAGGACAUUACAGAGGACACUGCAGGGAGGACAUCGCGGGAGCGCAGGACAAGGUAAACAAAGAAUGGAUCUCGGAGCAUGGUAAUCCCGAGUGUAGCUCGGGGUUACCGCUUGUGCUACACUCGGGAAUACCACCAUGGAGGUUA